AUGCCUUCAGUAACCUCUGACCCUGCUUCAACCCAGCAGCUUUGGGCUUUUCAACCACCAAAAUUCGAGGCAGUGCAGUGUAUUCCGAAGAAGGAUCGAGAACACAUCUUCUCCCUCUCUGUCUUGGAGGCAAGCGCGGUCGCCCACGAGCCUCUCGCUAACGGCGGCAAUCACUGGACAUUCUACUUGACCGUUACACCGAAUCAUCUCGACCCUGAUGCCUGGCGUCUGAUACAACUCGACUGCACGCCCAGCGGAACCCCGGCCGGCGGUGGAGGCGAUGGCUCCAAAGCAAACAUCGUCAUCAGCCUUUUGGAAGAUCGACAAUUCAGCCGGGCCCAAUGCAUUUGCCGGCUUACUACUCGACAGCCGCUGAAGGUCAGCAACUUUGUCGACACAAUUGUUGAAUAUGGGAGGGAAAAGUAUGACUUCGACAACAAGGGACAAGGGUGCAAGAAAUGGGUUGCUGAGCAGAUGGACUUAUUCCUCAAUGUCGGAAUCAUCACUGAUCAGGACGAAGUUCAAAGCGCGAAGAGCGAGAUGAUGUUCCAGUGGGAAAAGUUCAAGCACAUAGACGAUCAUUCUAUGUGGGCUAUGGGCAGUUACUAUCAGUGA